AUGAGAAUUUGUUGUGUUGUUGGGUGUGGUAAUUCCACAUACCACCUCAACAAAUGGAUGAAAACUUUGUGUCAAGUUCAUAAGUGUAAUUUAGGAACAAGGUCAUGUGAUUGUGAACCACCCUUCAAAUUGGUUCCUUUUCCAACAGAAAAUAAAAAUCCUGAGUUAAGGAAAAAAUGGAUGAUUCAAGUAAAUAGAGUUGACCCAACAACUAAUAAAAACUGGACUCCAAAAGCUCAUGACAGGGUUUGUUCAAUUCAUUUUGAGGAAUGUACUCCUUAUCCAUCUGUAAAACUAGGGCACGCCGUAAAAACAACAGUCAGACCAUCCAGAAAAAUAAUUGUUAAACAUCAAUUACCAAAGAAAAGCAAGUCACUGUCUGUCUCUGAAAAUACAAGUACAAUUGAGUCAUCUGCAUUGCAAGACAUUAAAGACACAAAUUUACCAGAAGACAUUCAAAUAUAUACUGCUACACCAUAUAUUGACUAUGUUAAAGAAUCUGCACAAUCUGACCACUGUUACACUAGUAUAAAUAAAGAGAAAAACAGUACAUGUAAAGAAAAGCUGCAAUCUGACCAUCAUCUUAAUAAAUCAGACCAUUCAUAUGCUUCUAAAUGUGACUGUUCCUCCAACUGUGUAUGUAAAGGUUGCUUAACCAAACAACAAACUAUCAAUAAACUUAAUUCUCAAUUAAUUUAUUUACAACAACAACUACACAGCAAAGGUACAAAAAACAUGGUUCAUACCACUAUGACAAAUAACAUAGUGAAAGAUGACAGCAAAACACGAUUGUACACAGGGCUGCCAAAUGCAGAUGUAUUUGAUAGGCUAUACAAGCAUUUGUUGCCACGUGCAAAGCGCUUGACCUAUUGGAGUGGAAGCAAGAAAAUCGUAAGCACGAAAGCGAAAAGGGUUUUCAAAAAAUCACCUAAAAAAUUUGGUCCCAAAAGAAAAUUGUCUGUCAAAGAUGAACUUGUCAUGACUUUGAUGAAGUGUAAGGUUGGUAUGAACAGUGAGCUUCUGGGUGAUUUUUUUGGUGUUCAACUCUCAGUUGUCUCACAGGUGUUGAAUACAUGGUUGAAGUUUCUGGCAUACGAGUUGAAGCCUCUUAUACAUUGGCCAGAUAAAGAAAUAACAAAAGAGACAUUGCCACAUGUAUAUAGUUCAAUUGCUCCUAAUCUUAGGUGUAUCAUAGACUGCACUGAAAUAUUCAUUGAAAGACCCCGAGAUAUGGAAUUACAAGCACAAACUUGGUCCGACUACAAAAAAAACAACACGCUUAAGUUUUUAGUGGCAAUGGCACCAAAUGGCAGCAUUUCGUACAUUUCCGAAGCUUACGACGGGAGGGCCUCUGAUCGCUUUAUUGUAAUGGACAGUGGUUUUUUAAAUCUCAUUGAUCCAACUGAUGAGGUAAUGGCAGAUAGAGGUUUUCCCAUACAAUCAGACUUGGUGAUGAGACAAGCUAAAUUAAUUAUACCACCACCUGGUCAGGGGUCAGAGCAGAUGACUAAGGAAAAUGUACUGAAAACAAAGGCAGUUGCCAAUGUCAGAAUUCAUGUUGAAAGGGCUAUUGGCCGAAUCAAGUGUUUUCAAAUUUUGAAAAACACAUUGCCUAUUACUUUGGUUCCUUUGGCAAAUGAGAUUUUUACAAUUUGUUCUGCUGUAUCUAAUUUGCAACCACCUUUAGUAAAGUGA